AUGAAAUUUUUGCGUACACCUGUGAAGGUGUGUAUCUUAUAUUUAGUGGUAAGUCAAAGUAUGUAUAAUAGAAUGGCUAUGUAUAUGUAAUAAUAUAUUUUUCAGACAUUUUCGGCCGCAGUAACCAUCCCGAGCUACAUCGGUAUGCUUUUCACGGGGCCUUGCACUUUGCUCAAGAGGAGUUUGAGGAAUGAACAGUUGACACAGCGAUGUGUUUCCAUCGCAUUGGCAAACAUAGUGAGUCUAUUCUCCAAAAAAAAUAUACUGCUCCACAAAAUGAUAGACGCACCCUUUUUUUACCGAUUAUCUUCCUUAUACUAAAUGAUAUCCAAAAAUGUUCAACAGAUGAAAUGUGGCUUAUAAAACGAGAAAUCAUGUCCCAUAACGAUUUUGGAACAAAAUUUUGUCUUGACUGAAAUUUUGAAAUUUUUUGAUUUUUAGGCUCCACAAAAUGAUAGACGCACUUGAAUAAUUUUUGAUCUUUUAAAACAAAUUUUGAGUCAACCUGCUCUUGUCGCACUUCCCCGUGUUCUCUGUAGUGUUAAGAAGGCUAUUACAUUCAUAUCCGCCGUACUUAAUCGACGCAGUGGCCUCAUGGGCCAUCUGCGACCUUGUACAUGAGAUAAACAUUAGUUUUGAAAAAACCCCCGAUUAACGACUUAUUUUCUCCAAGAAACAGCUUAGAUUACUUGUAGUAACUACAAGUUGUAAAAUAAACCAACACCGAUUCGUUUGAAUUCAUUUAAUCGACCAAUAAGUUACCGUAUACCUUCUACAGUAACCUUCAAAAGCCCUAAAAGCACAGAAAAUUACUAUCCAUGGCAACUUUUUGCUCAGAACAUCAAACUCAGCAUGCUAAAAAACCUAUACUCCCCGUACAAUGUUUUGACCCCCCUCCUAACUCCGUCCAAAGUGUACUAAUUCGGACCAAAUUUGGUAUGUAGUAUACUCACAGGCUAGUAACAAAAAAUAACAUAGCAGGACGUACCUUAUAGUUGAAUUUCAAAAGCUAGGGGCAAUUUUCAAAAAUCACCUUAAAAAAUCGGGGAAAAAGUUUUGACCCCCCUUAACAAAAAGUUAGAUAUCGCCAGCGGAUGCCACGCAAACUUAUUGUAUUCGACGUCCCAUACCUGAAUACAGGUGAAUAUAUGGUUUUCCGUUGAAUGCUUCGUUGCAUUUGAGGAUUCAACGCGUUAAACCGUUUUUGAUGUAGAGCUGCCCAAAAUUGUAAAAAUCUUGCCCUAGCGCUUUCCUAGAGCUCUAAAUUGGGUUUAUAUUAUGUGCUUUAGUCCUGUAUUUACCUUCUCCUUUCAAUAAAAGUGCAUGGUGGCCUGGCGGUGUAGAUUCGGCAGAUACCCUCUUGUCAUGCUCAGCCUUGGUGAGCCAUUUGCUCUUUGACUCAAGGUCGAGAUGUGGUCGUUAGGUCCUCAAUGUAAUCCUGAGACUCCUAGUUACUCUCAGUAAUGUAAAAUGUUUUGAUUUGACACGUUUUGUAAUGGGUUUCAUUCACCUUAACCUUAACUUUGCCGUUACUGUAGAUGACCCCGAGUACUACUACAUCCCCAACUCCCAUUUGGCGUUUCAUACGUCUCAAAUGAGUAUGGUGGGUGCUGUAGCGUCUUAAAUUACCUGGUCCAUCAAAUGAAAGCCGUUUUUGGUGGCUAAAAAGCCAUUUGAAAAACGCGGGUUUUUCGUUAAGGUGCAGAUCGGCGAAGUUGCGCCUGCAAACCAUAGCAGACCGUGUCAGCCGGAGUUUAUUCUUUGUUUGAGAGUAUCUAGGAGUCUCAGGAUUACACUGAGGACCUAACGACCACAUCUCGACCUUGAGUCAAAGAGCAAAUGGCUCACCAAGGCUGAGCAUGACAAGAGGGUAUCUGCCGAAUCUACACCGCCAGGCCACCAUGCACUUUUAUUGAAAGGAGAAGGUAAAUACAGGUCUAAAGCACAUAAUAUAAACCCAAUUUAGAGCUCUAGGAAAGCGCUAGGGCAAGAUUUUUACAAUUUUGGGCAGCUCUACAUCAAAAACGGUUUAACGCGUUGAAUCCUCAAAUGCAACGAAGCAUUCAACGGAAAACCAUAUAUUAACCUGUAUUCAGGUAUGGGACGUCGAUUACAAUAAGUUUGCGUGGCAUCCGCUGGCGAUAUCUAACUUUUUGUUAAGGGGGGUCAAAACUUUUUCCUCGAUUUUUUAAGGUGAUUUUUGAAAAUUGCUCCUAGCUUUUAAAAUUCAGCUAUAAGGUAGGUCCAGCUAUGUUAUUUUUUGUUACUAGCCUGUGAGUAUACUAAAUACCAAAUUUGGUCCGAAUUAGUACACCUUGGACCGAGUUAGGAGGGGGGUCAAAACAUUGUACGGGGAGUAUAGGUUUUUUAGCAUGCUGAGUUUGAUGUUCUGAGCAAAAAGUUGCCAUGGAUAGUAAUUUUCUGUGCUUUUAGGGCUUUUGAAGGUUACUGUAGAAGGUAUACGGUAACUUAUUGGUCGAUUAAAUGAAUUCAAACGAAUCGGUGUUGGUUUAUUUUACAACUUGUAGUUACUACAAGUAAUCUAAGCUGUUUCUUGGAGAAAAUAAGUCGUUAAUCGGGGGUUUUUUCAAAACUAAUGUUUAUCUCAUGUACAAGGUCGCAGAUGGCCCAUGAGGCCACUGCGUCGAUUAAGUACGGCGAAUAUGAAUGUAAUAGCCUUCUUAACACUACAGAGAACACGGGGAAGUGCGACAAGAGCAGGUUGACUCAAAAUUUGUUUUAAAAGAUCAAAAAUUAUUCAAGUGCGUCUAUCAUUUUGUGGAGCCUAAAAAUCAAAAAAUUUCAAAAUUUCAGUCAAGACAAGAAAAGUUUCCCAAAUCGCUAUGGGACAUGCUUUCUCGUUUAAUUUGCCACAUUUCAUCUGUUGAACAUUUCUGGAUAUCAUUCAAUAUAAGACAAAUAAUCGCUAAAAACAAGGUGCGUCUAUCAUUUUGUGGAGCAGUAUAUUCCCCUACUUGCUAUCAGUUUGUCGGAAAAAUAAUGUGGAUUUCGGCUCGUCGCAAUCGCGCACCAAAUCUCCAGCCGCGGCUACGCGUCGCACAGCUGUGAUGGCCAUUAUUUUCCCGACAGACUGACAGCAUGUAGGGGAAUAUUUUUUCUCACAAUCAGUCUGUCGGGAAAAUAAUGAGCACUAUGUCGCGGCGCCGAUCCUCGUCGCUGAAGUAAAAAGCAAUUUGAUUUUGUCGCAUUACCAUUAAUUUCCUCGGCAAUGCGAUUUUAUAUGCGACAGAGUGCUCAUUAUUUUCCCGACAGGCUGAUAUUCGGCGCAAAAAGUCAUGAGAAAUUUUUUGGUUCUCUGCCGAGGCGAGCCAUUUUUUUGAUGCCAAAAAUCCACAUUAUUUUCCCGACUGACUGAUACCGGUCUGUCGGGAAAAUAAUGAGCACAAUGUCACUGAAGUAUAAAAUCGAUUUGAGUUUCUCGCGACACAACUAAUUUUCUCUUCAGCGAUGCGAUUUUCGAUGCGACAGAGUGCUCAUUAUUUUCCCGACAGACAGAUUGCUGUACCGGUUUUUCAAGCUACGAUAACAUUUUAUAACGAGAUUCUUUCAGCUACCCGUCUCGUCCAUUGCGCUCUACUUUCUAAUAAGCUGGUGUAGAAGAACGAAAAAAGACCUUCAAACGUCCUCCGCGAAGAUCGUUCGCUUUUACAAUUUGGCCGACGAAUCCGACGAUGACUCCGAUUCUGAAUCCGAAUUUGAUUCUGACGACGAAUUUGACGUUGAAUACGAGCCGGAUGACUCCGAUGAGGAGUCUGAUGACGACUCCGAUGAGUCCGAUGACGAUGAGUUCGACUAUGACCUUGACGAAGAUGUGCAAGCACAUUUUCAUCCUGUUGUUCUUUUCUUAAAGGCGGUCCUCUUGAUAUUAAUGGGAAUGCUUGUUCUAGCAAAUAGUUUUGUUGUUUUAAACGCGAUCCUUAUCGGUUCAUAA